AUGGGAGUGAGGCCCACUACGACGUCUACAUCUCCCACACCGAGGGAGAUGUAUCAAAAAUCCAAUAGCUCCUCUCCGUCUUUGGUCGGAUCAAUCAUGAGGAGUCUCAAAUCGUCGCAUUCGAUAAGGCGUCUCAGCGCAGGGGAAGACGCAGAAAACGGUAACCAUGACUCUCUACAGAAAUCUAACUACCAUCGGGCACGCUCUCUUAAUUCUAAUGGUAGCGCGCAAAGCCAUGGCCGCGGGGUGAGCCAUAUCCACUUGAGCCCUCUUAGAAAAAGCUCCUCAGGCAAUGGCAGCUUCCACAAGGAUAAACAUAGCUCACACAGCCAAAAACGAGACAAAUACUUUGCAGACUUGGAUGAAGACUGGAGUGCUGUUAUUGAGGAUUACAACAUGCCCAUUCCAAUGAUCAGUAAUGGCGGAGUAGAGCUUAGACCCCCCGUCACCGUAGGAUCUAGGCGAUCAGAAACGGGCGAAUCGCGCUCUCCCUCUGCGGGGUACCCAAAUCUACCACAACUCAAUAAGUCUCGAAGCUCGGAUCUAAAGUCCCAAUACGAACAGGAAAAUGAACGUGAAGUGCAGGCACUAAAUUCCCUGAUGCAUCGGGUUGCCAAAUUCGACGCUAUUCUGAAUCCCACCCAUGGCAAUCAAGUCAAUGUGAGCGAACUUCGCCGACUGAGUUGGAACGGCGUACCAAUGGUUCACCGGCCUUCCGUUUGGAGACUGCUGAUAGGAUACGCCUCAGCAAAUAUCAAACGUCAAAGUUCGUUAUUACAACGCAAACGUCAAGAUUAUCGCGACGGGGUUGAGCUCGUUUUUUCCAAAGAUCACACUCGAGACUUGCCAACGUGGCAUCAAAUUGAAAUAGACAUUCCAAGGACAAACCCAUUCAUUCCAUUAUAUCAGUUUCCGCUCGUUCAGGAGAGUCUGCAAAGAAUCUUAUAUCUUUGGGCAAUCAGACACCCUGCUAGCGGAUACGUACAGGGAAUCAAUGAUUUGGUGACCCCAUUUUACCAGACUUUUCUCACCGAAUACUUACCGCCGGCUCAGAAGGAAGACGUCGACAAAAUAUGCCCUGAUACGUAUCUGUCUCGCGAACAGCUCUUGGACGUAGAAGCUGACUCUUUUUGGUGCUUGACGAAAUUGUUGGAGCAAAUUACUGACAAUUACAUUCACGGACAACCCGGUAUUCUUAAGCAAGUCAAGAACCUUGGGCAGCUGGUCAAAAGAAUAGAUUCGGAUCUUUAUGACCAUUUCUCCCAAGAAAACGUGGAGUUUAUACAGUUUGCGUUCCGUUGGAUGAAUUGUUUACUGAUGCGUGAAUUUAGUAUGUCUAUGGUGAUUCGGAUGUGGGACACGUACCUUUCGGAAACUUCACUGGAUUCGACCUCCUCCGCAGCUGCAGAAGCUCCCAGCUCAUCCUUGCCGCCAGAUUCUUCUCUGCAGAAUUCGCCUGGAGGCGCAUUCAGAGAAACCGUUACAUCUGCAAAAUUUCAAGGCAAGCAUAACGCAGCGGCCACUUCUCGACAAACUUCGCUCAGUGAGUUUCAUGUCUUUGUAUGUGCAGCGUUUCUCAUCAAAUUCAGCGAGCAACUCAUUGGUAUGGACUUUCAAGAGACAAUCACGUUUCUACAAAACCCGCCAACAAAAACCUGGACUGAAAGUGAAAUAGAGCUCUUAUUGAGUGAGGCAUACAUAUGGCAGUCUCUGUACAAGGAUGCGACUUCUCAUUGGCGGUAG